AUGCCAUCCCCCUUCUCUCCUGUCGCCGUAGGUGACGCAACGCCCAAACGAUCGAAACCGAAGUCAACGAAAACCCGAGCCCAUGCCCAGAGGAGAGUGUAUGGAAAACGAAAGGUGGAUGCACCGAGAGCAGUUUUUGACGAGAGGAGCCCGGCAAAACUCAUUGAGAAAAAAACAACAGAGGCCGUCCAAGAUGCUGUGGAUUGUAUCCAGGCCAAAUUGGCCGAGGUUCGGAUAGACGAGACGCAAGCUACGCAGCAGGAGGAAGCCACCGUUGAAAAGACGAUUAAAAAGGCGGGUGAGGCACGCAAUACGGAAGAUGAACAUGGAUCAAACAUUGAGACGCAGCAUAUUGAGCCUGAAAACGGGCCUCAUUCGGCCAAGCCAACUCCAAAGAAAAAUCCUGUGACAAAGAAGCGAUACGAAACCAUGGUGGAAGUCAGAAUUAGCCCGAAAAUUGAUACAAGGAAGUCUAAGAGGGAGCAAAGAGAUUGCCAAAGCACUGAUGAGAAUGGGAAGCGGACAACAAGAAACAAGCCUGCCCAACACUUGUCGUCGAGCUUCGCUUCAGACGACAAAGCGAAUGCCUAUGUCCGCACUAUCCUUGACGAAGCCUUAUCACCAACUGCUGCUCAUAGUGUUCAACAAUUUAGCUCAUGGGCAGCGCACGCUGGAAACCUCUUGGAGGUUGUGAAACUCGCGGAGGGCUCUUAUGGAGAGGUCUAUAAGCUUCGACUGCGCGAGGAGGUCUGUAAAAAGGAGAUGUCCAAGGCAAAACUUGCCCGCCUAAAAACAUAUGGUGAUGGCGUUUUUAAAGUUGUUCCUCUGCGAGCGCAGAGUGGACCAGGCUCGAAGAAAUUCACCAGCAUUCAGGAGAUCGUGACUGAGGUCAAGAUGUUGAAAUAUUUGGAUCCAAUCCCCGGCUUCGCCCGAUUCAGGGAGAUUCAUGUUGUUAAAGGUCGAUUCCCAGAGUCUUUCCAGAAGGCAUGGGACUACUAUAAAAAGACCAAGGAUGAUUGUCUGAACCCUAACCCGUCCAGUAAGAGGGCGUAUCCGGACUCACAACUAUGGGCAAUUGUGGAGAUGGACGACGCCGGUUGUGAACUGGAGAAAUUCUCCUGGUCUUCAAUCUUCCAAAUUUAUGAUAUCUUCUGGGGAGUAGCAAUGGCGCUCGCGCGGGCUGAAGAGUAUGCGUUUUUCGAGCACCGCGACCUCCACCUUGGAAACGUUUGCAUCAGAAGUACUCGGCCGGAUGGCCGCAUGGACCCGCCAACUGAUGUCGAGGUAAUGCGUUUAUUGUCACCGAGUGGAUUCGGUAUCAGCACUCUGGAGACCACCAUUAUUGAUUAUUCACUUUCUCGUGCGGAACUGAGGACAAGUGGGGAAUUCACCGAGAGCGUGGAUAUUGCAUCAUCUGAUCUCGACAAGAAACAAAUAUUCGAUGCCAUUGGUCGGGAUGAGGACGAAUUUAUGUUAAGAAAUACAUAUAGAUAUAUGCGCGCUCAGCUAUAUAAAGGAAACCCACUUAAUACGGAAAAGACACCCGAUAUCCCUGGAAUUUGGGCUGAAUACGCGCCACGAACCAACGUCGUCUGGCUCCUCUUCUUGCUCAAGUCGCUACUAAAGAACAAUAAAAAUGAUGUUAUUCCGACAUCAAGACAACCCCUUGCUCCUUGCUCCCCUAACAAGGAGCUGAAGCCCAAAUUCAAGUCACAAAACAAAAGCGCUAAACUUGUUUCCAAGCAGGCCUCAGUGGGAGUGCAGUCCAAAGUUUCUCAAUUGAAAGAAACCCUGCAAAAUCGACUCGACAAGACCUUGGAGCUCCUGGAUCUCGAGUAUGGGCACGAAGAUAUGUGUUGUGCUGCCGACUUGGUGGCAUAUGCCAUUGAUUCUCAAUGGCUAAGCGAACAAGACUUUUUCUAG